CCGAACACAAGGCGAACUUGACUUACAUACCCUUACAUUACUUCCCCUGAAUGAAGGGCCGCAGUUGUGUUGACUAACGGGCAAGGGAGGUAACCUGUUUAGUGUUUACAAGGAUUGAACGGAUUCAGUGGUUACGAUGGGAACGUGCGACGGUCAAGUCCGACUACCCAACAGCCACCUGGAGAAGCUGGAAGGUGACUACUUGUUUCACCUCAACAUCGACAUCAACAACCCUAAGGUGCUGAUGUCGUUCAGACAGGUUCAGUUUGUGUGUGUGGGCGGCACAGCUGAUCGAAUCAAGAGAUUGGCCACAGCUCUGGCAGCGGAGCUCGAUUCUACAGACGAUCGUGACAAACUUGUUGACAUUUCAAACGAGCGCUACUCCGGAUUUAAAGUUGGCCCCAUUUUGUGUGUCAAUCAUGGGAUUGGAAACCCGUCCCUCUCUGUGAUGCUGCAUGAAGUUUUUAAACUGCUGCAUAAAGCCAAGUGUCAUGACGUCACGCUCAUUAGGAUUGGGACCUGUGGGGGCAUAGGUGUGAAGGCAGGUACAGUGAUCGUGUCCACAGCAGCGCUCUCUGCUGGUCUGGAACCCGUUUAUCUGACAUCGUCUCUAGGUUUGCCUCUGAAGCUGCCAACAGACGUGGAUCCUGAGCUGGUGCAGGAACUAAUCCAGGACAGAGCUCCAGAGGACACCUUCGAUGUGAUAGCUGGGAAGACGUACUGUGCUGAUGACUUUUAUCAAGGUCAAGGCCGACUGGAUGGUUCGUUCUGUGACUACACAAAAGAGGACCAAAUGAGGUUUCUGACUCUCCUCUAUGACAGCGGCGUCAGGAAUAUGGAUAUGGAGUCAGCGGGAAUCUUGGCCAUGGGCAGAAAAGUUGGAAUCAAAUCUGCUGUGGUGUGUGUGGUGAUUGUAGACAGGCUCGAGUCUGAACUGCCUACAGUGUCUGCUGCUCAACUGCAAGAGUUCCAAAACUUCCCCAACAUGCUGGUCAAGAGGUUUAUUAUGAGCAGACUUAGGCAGACAUCAAAACAGGCUGGCAACCAAUGAGUUGGAUGUAACUCUUUCAGUCAAUGAUGGAAACCUACACUGUCAUUGUGUUGGAUAUACAAUAUACAUCCUAAUAUAUAAAAGACCAUGCUCGCACUUCUCUCUCUCUCUGUCAGCAAAAUAUUUUCACAGGCUAUGAUAUCAGUAUCUUCAGCGAUAUAUGGUGAACUUGAUACGGACUUUUGUUGAAAAUAAUAUGUUAGAUGUUUUAAAUGUAUAAACUAAAUUUUAUUUAAAGAAGAAAAAUAAAAAUAAAGGUAUAUUCGUAUGUAGAAACACACUUUUAAUUAUAGUUGUGACAAGAACGCAAUAAACAAUGACGUCACAUACUUUAAACUACAGACAUAACACAAAACUAAUGACGUCAUCUUCCGAAUUUAGUAUAUAAACAAACUAGUCGUCCCGCCCAGGCCCUACACUGGCCUCUGUGAAAAACCUAUCUGUAAAGGACCAUGACUUGUAUGUUUAAAAAUUAAAUAUAACCGGCAUUGCCCACACUAACUACAACCUACCAAAACUAAAACCAA